GAUGGAAGACUUUUUUAUUACAACAAUGUGUUUUGCUGCUGACAUAUCUCAUAAUCACACUGGAAGCUGUGCCUAUAGAUGUAGACAAAACAAAAGUGCAAGGGGAAGAACAAGUUGAAAGUGCAAAAAUAGAUAAUCCGGAUACCGGGCUUUAUUAUGAUGCAUACCUCAGACAAGUGAUAGAUGUUCUGGAGACAGACAAGCAUUUCAGAGAGAAGCUCCAGACAGCCGAUAUAGAGGAAAUAAAGAGUGGCAAGUUAAGCAAAGAGCUAGACUUAGUUAGCCAUCAUGUGAGAACAAAGCUGGAUGAACUGAAAAGACAAGAAGUUGCAAGAUUAAGGAUGCUGAUUAAAGCCAAAAUUGAUUCAUUUCAAGAUUCUGGCAUAGACCAUCAGUCUCUUCUCAAGCAGUUUGAGCAUCUCAACCACCAGAACCCCCACACUUUUGAAGCUAAGGAUUUAGACAUGCUGAUCAGAACAGCCACAAGUGACUUGGAAAAUUAUGACAAGGCCCGGCAUGAUGAAUUUAAGAGGUAUGAGAUGAUGAAAGAACAUGAAAGAAGAGAAUACUUAAAAACACUGGAUGAAGAAAAGAGACACCAAGAGGAAUCUAAGUAUGAGGAAAUGAAGAAAAAGCAUGGUGACCACCCCAAAGUUAACCAUCCAGGAAGCAAAGACCAAUUGAAAGAGGUAUGGGAAGAAGCAGACGGGCUAGAUCCUAAUGACUUUGAUCCAAAGACAUUUUUCAAGUUGCAUGAUGUCAAUAAUGAUGGUUUUCUAGAUGAGCAGGAGCUAGAAGCCUUGUUUACUAAAGAGCUAGAAAAAGUCUAUGAUCCAAAAAACGAAGAGGAUGACAUGGUAGAAAUGGAAGAGGAAAGACUCCGAAUGAGGGAGCAUGUAAUGAAUGAGGUUGACAUCAAUAAAGACCGGUUAGUAACUUUGGAUGAAUUCUUGAGAGCUACAGAGAAAAGAGAGUUUUUGGAGCCAGACAGCUGGGAGACUCUUGACCAACAGCAGCUCUUCACUGAAGAGGAGCUGAAGGAAUUUGAAAGUCACAUUUUCCAGCAAGAAGAUGAACUACAAAAGAAAGCAAAAGAACUUCAAAGACAGAAGGAAGAACUUGAGAGGCAACAAGACCAGCUUCAGGCUCAGAGACAAGAACUCCAGCAGGCUGUACAACAAAUGGAACUCAAGAAGUUACAGCAAGGACUUCCUCCUUCAAAACCCAAUGGAGAGCUAAAAUUCCAGCCACCAGGGGAACAACCAGUUGGUAAUACUCAAAACAAUCCUGAAGGAAGCAAACAGCCUUUACCACCAGGAACUAUACCAGUGCAAGAAGCUGCUGCUAGAUCGGAUCAUGCCCAGUCUCACACUUAACCACUUGUGCCUCAACUUUAUACCAUAAUUUUGGGAGGGGAGAGGGGGUAGUGGCCUGAUACUAAAAACAAAUUUGGAAAUGUGAUUCAAUGUUCUCUUAUUUCCUCCAUUUAACUUAAAUUUGCAAUUCAAUAUUAAGGUUUUCAGAGAGACAAAUAACACAAUAUAAGCGUAUAUGGUUGUAGGCUUUAUAAGGUCUGGAAAGAUAUUCUGAUUUAGUCAUUAGAAGAAAACAAAUAAUAGGAUCGUAGGAAGCAUUCAGACUGCAGCUUGCAGUGGCAACCUCUCAGCUUUAAAAAAAAGCUGUCAUAGUUUGAGGUGUCCCGCCGCAAGCUGAUGGUGCACACCAGGCCUCUGAGAGAGGCCUGGGCUGCUUGCAUUCCAGAGGAGUGGCAACACCACCCAUGCACUUUCAGGGUGCUUCCGUGGCACACCUUGGCCAUUCAGACAGCCCAGAAAUGUGCUAGGGAAGUGCUCCAGUUAUUUGCCACCAGGAAGUAUCUGGUGGCUUUCUGAAGUGGCAGAGAGGCAUUGGGAGGUGAGGUAAGGGCAAGUGUGCAGCAGGGCCCAGAUGUGUGCAUAUAAACAUGCCAUUUUAAUUGAUGGGGGGGAUAGCUGUGUUGGCCCAAAUCACCCAUCUGAAUGCAGUCAUAGUAUUCCUGCAUGAACCCUGUUGUCUGAUUUCUGUGUGAUUGCCUGGUUGCCAUUUUUGUCUUGAAAACCUUCAUAUUAACUUGUGGAUUUUAUCAGUACCCAGAAGACUGACUGGGAGGAAAGUUAAAGGGAACAAAAUGCUUAUAAUUUUUGUAAAUGUUGAUUAUAGUAACUGUCCCUGUUUCCAGAAGGUGUAAAAUAGAAGUUUCCUUUGUGGAGCUUUUCAAACAAGUUUGUACAACAGGGACAAGGUCUUUGACAUUUAUGUAAAAGUGCCAACAAUUGUAAACAGGGGUCUUAGGACUGAGGACUGAAUGUUGCUGGGUUCUGACAAUCCCUUGGAGGCCAAAUCAAACCCAAGCUGCCUGUGAUGGAAAGAAAUCCUGCACAUUUUAAACAAGUAUAAUUGCAGAAAAGAGAGAUGGAAACCUGUUUACAGAUGACCAAGAAUACCAGUGUAAGAAGCUUCAAUAGACAUCCUGUGUCUGAUGUACUGAUUCAGCUGUCUUCAUUAUGAUGAACUGAAUGAAUUGUGUCAGCCAGAUGUCUCCCUUUCAAGUCAGCUACCAAGGGGAUACUUUUGUCCCUGUUCCUUUCAUAACCUACCAGUUGCAUUCAGCCCUCUGUAGGCUGCGAAAGUGAGUCCUUUAGAUGAUAAAAAUAUUUUCAGAAUUAUCAGAGACCACUUAUUGUGUUUUCCUGGGCAAACCAGUCUGCUUCCCGCUGUAAAACAUUCCUUUCAAAAUCAAGUAUGUGUUUCAAGCAGGAAUUCUCAGGUGAUAUACACUGAGUUUCAGCUGAAAUAUUCAUUUUGCACCAAUAUUGGGAAUAUUUAUAUGUAAGUCCUUGAAAAAACAAAUUGUUUACAGGUGGAUAUCUUAAUGAAGCAGCAAGCUGGCUGCAGGUUUUUCAUAUGGCUUUGUAUUUGACUAGGUUUAGAUAAUGUAAUAAAGAGCGAACAACUUGGUUGUGCCAUUUUAUCUCAAAA